UCCAUUCACGAUCUAGAAAUAAAAACAAGACGCCAACAAUCCAGAAGAGAAAAUGGCUCGUCUUGUCGCGCCACUUCUUCGCGCGCUUUUUUACGCCCUCUUCGCGCGCAACAGCCCGCUGUUUUCCCGCCCCUUCAACUUUUUCAGGUCACUUCCUCACAAGUCCAUCUGCUCAGUUGAGUUUCAUCGGUAUCAUCGACAGAACAACAACUCAACAUAAUAUCAACAAACACAUUCAUCACUAUGUGGGCUUUCAUCUUAUAUUUCAUCUGUGUGGAGGUGAGUGGAGAGGUUGAUGGCGUUGAAACAGUAAAAGUGAUGGAGGGAGGUGUUCUCAAUCUGCAUCCAGCAGUCGAUGAUCUAAAGGGAGAUGUUCAGAUACUGUGGACUUUUGAAAGUGGCAGACAAAGCACUCGCGUCGCACAGAUGCAUCAAGGGAAAAUUUACACUCAUUAUGAGAUGAGAUUCACAGGCAGAGUGCAGUUAGACCGAAAAACAGGAAUAUUAAUCAUCAUGGACAUCAGAACUAAUGAAUCUGGACUGUAUAAAGCCUUAAUCAUUACUAAUACACUCACCUCAGCAUGGAAAUACAAGGUGGAUGUUUAUGCAUCUGUCUCUGUGCCUGCCAUCAGCAGCAGCUCUUCAGUUAGUGUUCACCAAUCUACAGGUACAUCACAGGAAACAGAGGAAAUGUGCUUUGUGUUCUGCUCAGUAAGAAAUGGUCGAGGUGUGUUCAUCUCGUGGUAUAAAGGAGGUGAAAUGCUGAACCAGACCAGCAAUCCUGAUCUCAACAUCAACCUCAGUUUACCAUUAGAGCUUCAUUAUAAUGAUCCAGAGACCUACAGCUGCACGGCUGCAAACCCAGUGAAUAACAAAACUGUCCGUCUUCACAUGAAACAGAUCUGCCCACGACAUGAAGAUUGUGUGGAUUACUGUGGCGUCACUGAGGCUGUGAUUCGUCUGGUUCUGUCUGGUCUGGUGGGAAUCGCCACUGUUGUGUUUCUGGUUGAGCAUCUGAGGUUCUGCUCAUCUCAGAGAAGAGCUGCUGCUUCUGUGAGCUGAUGAUAUUUUUGUGAGAUUUGGUGUAAUUGCCUUCUCCCUUUGCACUCUAAAUAAUUGAGCGGUAUUUUGGUUCUGUUGUAUUUUAUAACUGUGUACCAGUUUCUAUAACAAAAAUAACAAAUAAGUUAUAAUAACACAUAUUUUGAAUAUAUACUCUGGAAAAAAUAAGUUCUGUUGUAACAAGGAGGCCUUCUGUAAUCUGUUGUAUAUACUGUAUAAACAAUACACUAAACAAAUAUAAAAAAAUGUGUUACAUAAUUACAUUAACUUACAACAUAUUUGACAUUUAAUUUGACAAUGAAAGAAAUUAAAGUAAUUUUAAGUCAUAUCAGGUGGAAAUAGUUCCUUACAGCAGUGUUUAACUGGUAAUUAAUGCCCAUAUUCAGUUUUUAUAGUGUACAUAUCAUUACUACACUUUUUUGUUAUUAGACAGUAUGCAAUUUUUAUACUUGUAUUUUUUGUAUAUUUGUGUAUGGAGCUUUAGAGUGAACUAGUUUAAAAAAAAAAAAAGCAUUUUUGUCCUGUUUCAUGUUGUUAAUUAGUACA